CAUUAGUUGUCAGGGACAGUCAUGGUCAUGGCAUACCCAUUGCCUAUAUCAUCUUGGGAAAUGAAAAGCAGGCCAUGCUUCAGCUGGCACUGGAAAAGCUGAAACCAACAUUUUCUGUACCUCCAAGGUGCUUUAUGGUUGAUAAAGACCAGGCUGAAAUCAAUGCUAUCCGUAAGGUGUUCAACGAGUCAGAUGUUCUCCUUUGUUGGUACCAUGUAACCCAAGCAGUAACACGUUGGCUGUCAAGAUCUGAAUCUGGUGUGAGUGGACCUGAAAAGGCAGAUUCGAGAGCGCACAUUAUGCAGUUAAUGUCGGAGCUGAAAUCCUGUUCCACGGAACAUGAAUUCAAGAAAAAAGCUGAGAUGUUUCAUUGCCAGUUUAAGAACUUAAAAGAUGUCUGCAAGUACUUUAGGAACCACUGGGAGCCAAUUGGUCCUCUGUGGUCUAACUUUGGAAGAUGUUAUAAGCAUGGAGACUCUGAAACAAACAAUCUAAUAGAACGCUUCUUCCACCGUUUAAAAUACCAAUUCCUCUGUGGCAUCCGGAAUCGUAGAUUGGAUCAUUUGAUUGAUGUGCUAUUGAACAAGACUGACAAGUACUUCAACAUAAUACAGGAUUUGCAGUCUGCUGGGAGAGUCUUUAACCCUCUGGAAUGUAAAAUGGAAGAAAUAAAGAAGUCUGCUCAGAGGAUGCUAGACAACGGUUGGGCCACAGCAGUUACUGCAGCUUCAACAGAAACAUACAUAUACAAUGAUACUCCGUCUGUAUCGCCUCAGCCCGCUUAG